AUGUCCUCAACACCAAGCUCAGACACAACAAAAAAGACCAGUAUUGAAGGCCUCGCGCUCGAGGAGAACGACCCCGCGUCGGCUGUGCCAAUCAAAAAGUACGAUGAAGUCUUUGGAGCCAUCAAGGAGGAUGGUCCAGAUUACCGAAAUGUCGGGUGGAUGGCGGCGGUUGUCCUUCUGCUCAAAAGUCAAAUAGGUCUUGGUGUACUCAGUUUACCGUCAGCACUUGGAGCGCUUGGUAUCGUCCCAGGUAUCUUGGUGCUCGUGGGUGUGUCCGCUAUUAUGACCUGGUCAGGUUACUGCGUUGGCCAGUUUAAGCUGCGCCAUCGACAAGUCUACAGUGUGGUCGACGUUGGAGAGAUCAUGUUCGGACCCAUUGGAAAGGAGAUAUUCGCCGCCAUCUACUGCACAUUCAUGAUCUUUGUUGCCGGGUCUGCCAUCGUUGGUGCUUCCAUCGGACUCAACGCCAUCUCCCUACACGCCACUUGUACCGCAGUUUUCGUCAUCGUCUCCACCAUCGUUACAUUCUCCCUCGCCAGUAUCCGAACCUUGGGCAACAUCUCCUGGCUGGGAUGGGUCGGACUCACCUCCAUUGUCGCUGCCAUCAUUACCCUCACCAUCGCCGUCGGUAUUCAGGACCGCCCUGCCCUUGCUCCCCAGACGGGCGAUUGGGACAAAGGAUUCAACGUGAUUGGUAACCCCACAUUUCUUGAAGCCUCGUCCGCGGUCGCCUCCCUCGUUGUGGGUUACGCCGGUGUUCCCACCUACUUUUCCAUCGCCGCUGAGAUGCGUGACCCCCGUCUCUUCAACCGUGCCAUGUUCUGCAGCCAAGUCAUUAUCACAGCCAUCUACAUCGCCAUUGGCACCGUCGUCUACUUCUACUGCGGCCAGUACGUGGCCAGCCCCGCCCUUGGUUCUGCCGGUGUCUUGAUGAAGCGAAUCUGCUACGGUCUCGCUCUUCCCGGACUCUACGUCACAGGUACUAUCUAUCUUCAUCUCCCCGCUAAAUAUGUAUUCCUCCGUGUCAUGCGCGGCAGCAAACACCUCACCUCCAACUCUCCCAUUCACUGGGCCGUCUGGCUCUCCUGCGUUUUCACCUGCGUCACCAUCGCCUACAUCAUCGCCAGCGCCAUCCCCGUGUUCGGCAGUUUGGUCGGUCUUAUUGGUGCGCUGUUCGGAUCCUUCUUCUGUAUUAUGGUCAUGGGUGCCACUUGGAUCUUUGACCACCAGGACAAGAUCCGGGCGAAGCCUUCGAUGAAGGUCAAGCUCCUUACAGCGUUCAACUGUUUCAUAAUCCUUUUGGGUCUUUACCUCAUGAUCUCAGGAACAUGGGGUGCUGCCAAGGAUAUUUCUGACAGUUUUGCUUCUGACGGAGGAACAUCACCUUGGUCUUGCAAGGAUAACUCUAACACAGUAGAAUAG